UGGGUAAAACAGUGUGUGAUACAAAAAUGUCGAUCAAAACAAAUCUCGUAAUAGCUCCGGAAUCAAGUGAAAUUAAACGAACAAACAUGUAAUUAGUUUUUUGUAAAUUUGUCUCACAGUAGUGCAAUAGUUUUUUGAUUAAUAACACCAAUAAAUUCAAAGCAAGGGAUAAAUUUAUCCAUAAAUGAAACGAAAAUAAUAUCGGAACAGUGCUGAUGAGUCAUGUUGAAUAAAUUAUAUCUGUCAAAUACCACAGUUUCAACUUUUCCGUUUAAAUAUCAAAAUACUGCCAAAGAAUUGAAAAAAAACUCACAUUUUCAUUCAAUUUAUAAAUGUAAAUCAUUAAAUUGAACUCUAUUUUCCAACCAAAAAGAAGUUAGAAAGGAGGUUAUGUAUUCAAGUUUAUUAUUGAUCGGACUUUUCACUCUCUCUUGCUGAGGAACCAAGAAUCAUCAAAACCAAAAGUAUUCCACGAUCAAUUCGUCUCAAUUCUGUAAAUAAUGUACAAUAUAAAUAACGAAUUCGUAUAAAUAAAAACAAUUGAAGAAUGUCAGAAAGAUAAUAAUAUUCAAAGGUAUCUGAAGGGAUAAUUAUAAAAGUGCCAAGUAGUUUAGCAAGAAGGAAUAAAAAAUGGGUUCGCAGAGAAAUAAUUUACAAAACAGAAAUGUCCAAAGAACGACACUUUUAAAAGUUGUUAUUUUAGGAGAUGGUUUAGUUGGAAAAACCUGCUUGAUGAAUCGUUUUGUUUCGAAUAAUUUUAAUCAGUGUGGUUAUCACACAAUAGGUGUUGAAUUUUUAAACAAAGAUAUUGAAGUUAAUGGAGAAGCGUAUACCUUACAAAUUUGGGACACUGCCGGCCAAGAAAGAUUCCGAACACUGAGAACUCCCUUUUAUAGAGGAUCAGAUAUUUGCCUUUUAACGUACGCCAUCGAUGAUAAAAAUACAUUUAAUAAUUUGUCCUCAUGGAAAUCGGAAUUUCUUUUGUACGCCGGAAUACAAGAGGGAUCGUCCUUCCCUUUUGUUGUUGUUGGAAAUAAGGUGGAUAUAGAUGAAUCGAGUAAACAAGUUUCGAGAGAAGAAGCCGAAAACUGGUGCAUGGAAAAUGGAGAUCUUCCUCUAAUAGAAACAUCAGCAAAGACAGCAAUAAACGUCCAGGAAGCAUUUGAAGCUGCCGUUGCUUCCUGGGUGAAAAUUGAAGCAAAAAUUGAACGUCCAAUUAUUACCGAUACAGUUGAUUUAUCAAAACAACAAUCGCCACAAAGAACAAGUUGUUGUAUGCCUAUAACAAGUCCCGAAUAAUUUUUUUUUCUCCAACACGUUUGUAAGCCUCUUCACCUACUAAUAGUAUUAAUUUUUGUUUUAAAACUAUUUAUACCUGUAUUUAAAAUUUUAAAUAUUAUUUAUUUAUUAUUACUAUUAUUCUGUUGACGAUAAAGAAAAAUUGCAGUAUUUAUCUUUAUAAUAACGCUUGCCUACUUUAUUUAAUUUAAAACGACGCCUUGACAAAUUUUUAAACGCUUUUUGAAUGAAAAUAAAUAAAUCGAAAUUUUUUGACUCAAA